AUGUCCUCGAAAUCUGGACUGACAAAAUGUCUUGCCGUGAUCAAUGGUUUACAUGCUUGGAAAAUCAAGUCUAUGAAUUCUGCUCGAACUAUUCAGUUAGUCAGUAGAAGAAAUACUUCGUUUCAGGCAGAGAAAAAAGUCUCUCAAUCAUCAGAAACUAUUGAAGACGCAUCCGAAUUGAGUAAAUACAAAUCCUAUUACCAAGAACUAAAACAAGUUAUCAACGAAGUUCCUGAGGAAUUGGCACGAAAUUCUCCCGGGCUAGUGACAUUGCAUAAGAGAUUAGCUCUGCCAAGCGAGUUUCAAUUAUCCGUGCUGGCAAGAUGCUUGACCUGCCGUUCGUCACAAUUACCAGCAGAUAUUACAGGUUCACGUCAAAAUUUUGUGAACACUGUUCCAACAAAUAACUUUUUUGAUAAUCAUGGAUUGAAUAUUUUUGGGAAGAAUCUGCUGACAUAUCAUGUAACUCAUAAAUUGCUGGAUAAGUAUCCUCGCUUACCCACUGUGGUACUCAAUGCUGCGGUGGAUGCCUAUAUAUCUCAGGACGUGCUGGCGCAUGUUGGAAAAACAUGGGGUAUUGACACAGAAAAGACGCCUGUGCUGGAAAGAUAUCUGAAGCAAGAACCAUUACAAAUCACAUUAGGUAAAUUAAGGUUCUUCAACAAUAACUUGGACAAAACUGAUGGUGUUGAAAUAAUAUCUUCUAAGAAUUUUUCUGAAAAUGCUGCAUAUGCUUUGGCUACUAGGAGUAUAAUUGGUGCACUUUGGGCGUCUAGUCAAGAUACUAACCCCAAUGCAGCUUUCCAAUUCAUCGAUGAUCAUAUUCUAAGCAGAAAACUGGACGUUUCAAAAAUGUUUCAAUUUGAACAACCUACAAGGGAAUUAGCAACGCUGUGUCGUCGUGAGGCUCUAGAUAAACCGGUGUCAAAACUCUUGGCAGAAUCAGGUAGACUUUCAAAAGCACCUGUAUUUAUCGUUGGUGUUUUUUCAGGCACUGAGAAGCUGGGUGAAGGCUUUGGCUCAUCUUUAAAAGAAGCAAAGGCAAGAGCUGCCACAGAUGCAUUGAUGAAAUGGUAUUGUUAUGAGCCAAUGGAAGGUCAAACCCCUGUAAUCGAUCACGGGGCUGUUAUUGUAUGA